AAGCUGUUAAACUUCUAGUCGAUGCAUCCAAAACUUAGCUAGUAGAUGUAUCGGGAAAAAAAGAAAAAAACUUCAUCAAAACUUUGGAAUUUGUUUUUGUAUAUUUUGUUGAUUUCAUGGUCGUGCAAUGUGGCAUAGUAAAUAGGUUCUAUGGCAUUUUUGUCAGAGCCAUAGUGAGGGUAUAGUACCUAGUCCUGAUGAAACUUAAAUCUAAAAAUAGCUAAGGAUAUUUUUUUUUUCUACCACAAAUCGUUAAAUAAAAAAAUAUAAACGCUACAAAAAUGUUCGAACACGAUUGCGAUACAGAUGAGGACUGUGAAGUGUACUUCCUUAAACCAGUUAACGAAUAUAACAUUGUGGAUAAAAUCAAAGAAGCCAACAAGGAGCUCUUCGAUGACGGAGGAGACUCCACUGAUACACCAGAUGAACAGCGAAGAAAGGUUAAAUUCCAUCCGAAUCUGGAAGAAUAUGAGCCAAUUUCUGGAGAAGACGAAGAAUCGGGUGAGAACGAAGACGGUUCCCUUAAUAUGGUUACUCUAAAUGAAGACGAUGAGAUUGUUGUCAAUGAUGACACUAGUCCAAGAACUAUUGCAACAAUGGAAGAAUGUGCUGAAAUGUUAGCACUAGAAGUUCAGAAGAAAAUUGAAGCUAUCGAAAUCAAAAUGGCGGAAUCUGAGGAAGAAGCUGAUGAGAUAAGUGAAGAAAUCGUAGUAAUGGAUAUGGAAACUGGGAGAAAAUUAGAAGAAGAUACAAAAGAGAUGAAUGCAAACAAAAAGGAUAUCCCUUCUUCAGAAGUUCCCCAAAAGGAUGUUAAUGUAUCAAAAGAAGAAGCAGAUACUGAUGAAGAAGUCCCUGAAGAGCACGAAGGAGAUGAUAAUCUUUCCAUCAUUGUGGCAUCAUAUCUUCCACAAGAUACUCAAAAAACAUGUUGUGAUGAUGAACCAGAAAGUCCUUCAUUGACCAAAACUCAUUCUUUCAAAAGGAAUUUCUCAUUUCGUCGUAAGAAUUCAGCAAGAAGAAAUAAGUGUCGUUCCCCGGAGAUUACUAAUUUGAAACUCAACUAUAAGACUUGUUGUGAGUACAGGAAUUCGGAUUGUGCUAAGUUACCGAAAUAUACAGGGUACAUGUCUGAGUAUGGUUUAAGUCGUGAUCAAUUGGAAAAACGUGAGCAGUCUUUGCAAAGUAAACACAAAGUGGUUGUGGAAAAGAGCUUAAAGGCCACUGAAGCUGAGGUACAAAAGAUGCAAGACAAUGAAAGGGCUUUUACAACUUGGCUUAAAAAUAAAAUGAGAUUUCCAAUAAAUAGAACGAAGAAUAUGUUUGAUGUGAAAAAGGCUAAUAAUAAUAAUGGUAAUAGUCGGGGAGGAGUUUUUAGACAAAAAUUGUGUGGUAGCAAUAAGAAUGGUGGAGUUUUGUAAAGAAUUAUGAGUUGAUGAGACGGUUUGUAGGUACUUGCACAUUUGAAAUUAAAAAAAAUAAACAUGCAAAUUAAUUGAUUCUUGGGCUUUUAAUUGAUUGAUCCAGAAGUAUUUAGCAAAAGCACUACGAAAUAACGGUGAAAGUUCUUUUUCACAG